UUGAUUGGACGACGAAACAGUCAAAAAUUCAAAUUUUAAUCGGUAAAUGUUCUGCCCGUGCAGUGUUUCCGUAUCUUCGUCUUGAAGAUCACUUCCUGGAUUCGUUGACAUAGCUUUGAGAAAGGAUUGCUACUACAUUCAAUACGUUGUCCGUGAUAUACUCCCAAGGUCGCCGUACCGACGACAGGCCUGAUACGAUUUGCUCUUGAUGUGAUAGGCUGUGUACCUGCUGUGAAAAAGCUUGCUAAAUUGAAUACCGGUACUGAGCGAAAAAUUCCCAGGACAUUUGGAACAAAUAUUACAUCACCUUCUUCAUUUGGAAUUAUGUGUGGCAAAAUCGCGUAUAUAAUUUUUCUAACGGAGCUCUUCUGUGCAAAAGGGAGGAUUUGAGGAACACUUCGGGCAGCUUGAAACCCUAAGGUGAUCGUAAAGCCAUCCCUGAUCUUCGAAUUUGUACACUAUAACCUCAACGAGAGACAAUUCUUUACCUAGAUCCUGAUUUAAAGCAAUUAGCCCAGCAGACGUCUACUACUUCACCUUGAUUGUGAGAGAGAGGAAAGCGGAAGGUAUCGAAACGAAAAGGGAGAUACGCUAUUAACCAAUUAAUUGGUUGUAACGUGACCACGUGACCGGGGCAUAAGUUCGUCUGCGAACGCGGUGUUUUGGUGAACGUGACGGCGUCAUAGAAUGCAUGAUAUUCGGCCCCGCGGGCUAUAAAUAAUCUCCCCUCCCCCUGUGAAUGACGGGUUAAUGUAGUGUAUAUCACGGGAAAGCUCUGAGCUAAAUAUAGGCAAAUUGGACUAGAAUUGUCCCAUUGUGUGUGCGUUACGAUUACCGGCCGCUGUACACAUCAGAUCAACAACGUUCUAACAGCAGCUGAUUGCUGGAAACAAGCCUUCCAGUCUUCUGCGAGGUCCGCGCUCGGCAGGCCACGCCACCAGACCGCAUUUGUUCCACGGUCGUGUAGGUGCUGUUGGAAUCUGGAAUCGCAGUAGAAGUGUACAAAGUCCUCUCCGUUAUUCCUGUGCUGGGCUUGUACUUUCCACACUGUACACUGGAUUUACCUGUACUUGUGAGUCACAUGAGUGAUUUGUCAGCCUUAUCUGCGGACGACCUGAAUUUACCAUGGUCUCCACUGAUGUAAUACCUCUGGAAAAGUUGCUAUUUUUCUUGUCGUUGGAGUUCAGCGUCUCAGGUGGAUGGAUAUUGUCUUUAGCACCAGAUUCACAAUGCGGGAAGUGUUCAACAAAACAAAUUGGAGAGGAUAUGACGUUUACGUGUUCCGUCGUCAUGGAAACGAAUGACGCAGACAAGAUGUCGUCAAUUUCACUUCGAUGGCUCAACCAAUCGAUGGAUCCGGUUGGUCUUGCGUCAUCAGGCAUAACGCAACGGGUGUACAGCAAUCAGUCCACAAGUAAUCAGAUCUUCCUGCAAAUUGAUAACAUAAGAGAAAGUGACGCCGGAAGUUACACCUGCGAGGGUCAAAGUUCAGAGAGCGGAACAAGAUUGAGGCGGCCCACGUCAUUGCUUGUUAUCAAGGACGUCGACAUAGAGUUCCGGGAGACCCCCACAACCCAGUACCCCCGGGUCAACAGUAACGCCCUCAUACGGUGUCUCCCAGAGGCUAACCCUCAACCAGUAACAACUUGGUUUUUCAACGGCAAACCUCUUCUCAGUGGAGGUCGGUACACGAUAGCUGAGAACGGUCUCAUUAUCCACAGGCUGACCAAAGAGGACGGCGGGAAGUACUUGUGCAAAGCGGAGAUUCCUGUUGAAAAACGUUCCGCUAACAAAACUAUCACCGUCAUACCUGCGAGUACCCCCAUGAUCAACAAACCGCUGAAUGACGUAAUCGGGGCCUUUGGUCACGUGACUGUGAAGUGCAUGGCGUCCGGUCAACCAGUGCCUAACUAUCACUGGUUCAAGAGUGGUUCAGCAAAUAUCUUGGAAGAGCCUAAGUAUCACGUGAACAACAACACUGGUGUUCUGAUUAUCUAUAACGUCACGCGCGCAGACGAAGGCAAGUACAUAUGCAUCGCUUCCAACCCGGCCGGGGAUACCAUAGCAACGGUGGAUGUUAAAAACGUGACUGAAACACCGACCACGAAAAUUUUUGGGGAGAAGGUGUUUACCAAGGGAGAGAAUUUGACGUUGAUGUGUGAGAUUUCCGGCCGUCCAUUUCCAGUUGUGUACUGGUACCGAGCAGACGACGACAUGCGCUGGCCAGCCGAAUCCAUAUCAGCAGAUGACCGAAUAUUAGCCCAGUGGCGGAAUUUAACGAGUCUUGAGUUGUUAAUAAGGAAUAUCACGAGCAAUGACGAGGGACAUUAUGUGUGUGUCGCACAAAACAUGGGAGGAAGCCGCAAUGCUAGUCUAGAUGUUGAAAUUAAAGAGAGUCAACAAGCUGGAGAUAAUUUAGGCAACCACCAAAACUCAAACGUUUUAAAUGCCGCCUGGGGCGUGUUGUUGGGUAUAACUUUCGUCGUCAUCUUACUUGUGAUUGGAUCAUUUUUUUUUCGACGUCAUCGCCGAGGCCAACGCCUGACGUCAUCAAACAUGGUCGUCUGCUCUUCAUGUCUCGCUUGCAUCCAUGACAGCAAAAGUUCCCGAGGCUCAAAUGGGGGGACUCUAGAAAAUGCGUCCAGUAAAGAAAAGAUAGCAUUUAGUGAACUGAUAGAUACUCCUGAGAAUUCCAGGAAAGAAUCUCUGUCCAUUAUCUCAACUAAUCUACCAGGAGGGAAAGAUAACGAUAUUUCUGCCGACAUGGAUGAAAGAGAUUCAAUUUCUCAGGCAGGGGAUUUCGACGACAAUCUUAACGAGGAAAAAAGCCCAAGGAAAGGAGACAUUAAAGGUUACACGGAACUUCCGUUGGCCUGAACGUUUAUUGGCCUGAAAUCGGUCCAGGGAUAGUUCCGUUUUUCGCCGACAAACUAUAUGAAGGAUACAUAACAACUGUCCGCGCUCUUGUUCUGCUGCGUCCUUGUCUGCAAAAGGCCUAUGAAAACGUGUCAUUUUGUACGCUGUUAUAUGUCAUAUGGAAAUUGCGGUAAAACAAAAAACGACUAUUUACAAAAGUCAAAUUAUUUUACGGUUAUGCAGACAUUAGCUUUGUUACAGGAGUUCAGGCAGUGGGCAAAGAUGUGGUGUCAGCAAACAUGAUGUCGUGUCAGCAGACAUCGUUGAAUACGCGAUGUGGUAUUGCCAAACAUCGCUGAAUACGACGACCUCAGUUACGUGGUGCUGGACAUUUCGAUUUAGCGAGCUUUUUGUACACAUGUCACCUUGUAUGUCGUUAAUACCAGAACAGUGACAUGUACAGAGUGCAUGGCCGAUGCAAAAUAGGAAUUAUAUGACAUUGUUAUACGACAGGACUCUCUUAUACUUUCUUAUGCACCAGAUGGCUGCCUGAUCCGUCGUGCUGUGGAUAUGUGCAAUGCUUAAAAGGCGUCGGUAGCACAUUUAUUGACCCCACGGGUGUUAUUCCACAUUGUCGGAAAAAUUGGCUCAGCGCUUUUCUCCCCUCUGAUUUCUUCCAAGUAACACGCAUAGGAAACACGGCACUACAGGACUUGUGGAGCAAUUUAGUUUAGGGCUGCAAAUUCCGAAACAAGUUUGAUAGCGGAAUCCUCAUAAGUAUGCCAGAUUAACAACACGUGACUCAUCGCCACACGGAUGACAGCACGCGGAUGGGAGAAAUCGUGGAUAAAAAUGAACAAUCGAGAACAAUACCUCGAGACAUUUGCCUCUGUCUGUGUCACGUCCUUAUACAUAGGCCCGAACUGGUCGCAAAUUCACAUGUACGUGUAUAUACAUAUAUGUAUAUAUAUGCAUGCAGACUUUAGG